AUGAAUAUGCGAGUACAAUUGCAAAAUGAUCCAACAGCACAAGUAUUUUCUAAACAAUUGCUGGAUAUUGGAAAUGGUGAAAUUGAGUUGCAUCAAAAUACACAAUACAUAAAAUUACCAGAUAUUUUCUGCACUGUUGUUGAAACGAGAAAUGAACUAAUUGAGAGUGUCUUUCCGGAUAUAUUGAAUUAUUAUUUAGAUCACAAUUGGCUCUGUAAUCGUGCUAUUUUGGCAGCAAGAAAUGUUGAUGUGAACGAAAUUAACUUCCAUAUACAACAGAUUUUGCCCGGUGAUUUGAUGUCUUUUAAAUCAAUCGACACAGUUAUUGAUGAAAACGAAAUCGUAAACUUUCCAACUGAAUUUUUGAAUUCUCUGGAUUUGCCAAGAAUGCCACCACACAACCUUCAAUUGAAAAUUGGUUCACCAAUUAUUCUUCUACGUAAUUUAAACCCACCUCAAUUAUGUAACGGUACACGUUUAGUCAUAAAAAAAUGA